CUGAGGCGAUGUUGCCCUUCACUGUGAACUUCAAGGUGUCGGCGCGCACCCUCACCGGGGCCCUCAAUACUCACAACAAGGCGGCGGUGGACUGGGGCUGGCAAGGUUUAAUUGCUUAUGGAUGUCACUCGCUUGUGGUAGUGAUCGAUUCCAAUACCGCCCAAACUCUUCAAGUUUUAGAAAAACAUAAAGCUGAUGUGGUCAAGGUUAAAUGGGCCAGGGAAAAUUAUCACCAUAACAUUGGCUCACCAUAUUCCUUGCGCUUAGCUUCUGCUGAUGUCAAUGGAAAGAUCAUCGUUUGGGAUGUAGCUGCGGGAGUAGCUCAGUGUGAGAUCCAAGAGCAUGCCAAACCUAUUCAGGAUGUUCAGUGGUUGUGGAAUCAAGAUGCUUCCCGAGAUUUACUACUUGCUAUCCACCCACCAAAUUAUAUUGUGCUCUGGAAUGCAGAUACUGGCACCAAACUGUGGAAGAAAAGCUAUGCAGAUAACAUUCUUUCUUUUUCUUUUGACCCUUUUGAUCCCUCACAUUUAACUUUACUCACCAGCGAGGGUAUUGUAUUCAUCUCAGACUUCUCUCCAUCCAAGCCUCCCUCGGGCCCUGGGAAAAAAGUUUACAUAUCCAGCCCACACUCUAGCCCAGCUCAUAACAAGCUCGCUGCAGCCACAGGGGCCAAGAAGGCUCUUAAUAAAGUAAAAAUCUUAAUCACUCAAGAGAAACCUAGCGCUGAAUUUAUAACUCUCAACGAUUGCCUUCAGUUGGCAUAUCUGCCUUCCAAAAGAAAUCACAUGUUGUUACUGUAUCCUCGAGAGAUUUUAAUCCUUGACCUUGAGGUGAAUCAGACAGUGGGUGUGAUUGCAAUAGAACGAACAGGAGUUCCAUUUCUGCAGGUAGUACCCUGCUUUCAACGUGACGGUUUAUUUUGCCUACAUGAAAAUGGUUGUAUAACUUUACGUGUUCGAAGAUCUUAUAAUAGUAUUUUUACCACUUCAAAUGAGGAACCAGAUCCAGAUCCUGUCCAGGAGCUUACCUAUGAUUUACGAAGCCAGUGCGAUGCAAUCAGGGUGACAAAAACUGUCCGUCCCUUCAGUAUGGUGUGUUGUCCUGUCAAUGAGAAUGCAGCUGCCCUCAUUGUGAGUGAUGGCAGGGUCAUGAUAUGGGAACUGAAGUCUGCCGUUUGUAAUCGAAAUUCACGGAGCAGUAGUUCUGGUGUAUCACCUUUAUAUUCACCCGUGUCUUUCUGUGGAAUUCCUGUAGGAGUGCUACAGAAUAAACUCCCAGACCUCUCCUUAGAUAACAUGAUUGGACAAAGUGCCAUUGCUGGGGAAGAGCAUCCUAAAGGCCCCAUUCUUCAGGAAGUGCACCUCCGCUUCCUGCUGACAGGACUGCUUUCAGGGCUGCCCUCUCCACAGUUUGCCAUCCGUAUGUGCCCGCCAUUGACCACCAAAAACAUCAAGGUGUAUCAGCCAUUGCUCGCGGUUGGUACAAGUAAUGGUUCUGUCCUGGUGUACCAUCUCACCAGCGGGCUGCUGCAUAAGGAGUUAAGCGUCCACUCCUGUGAAGUCAAGGGUAUCGAGUGGACAAGUUUGACUGGUUUUCUUUCCUUUGCUACUUCAACACCAAACAAUAUGGGAUUAGUGAGAAAUGAACUUCAGCUGGUUGAUCUUCCGACAGGUAGGAGCAUUGCUUUUCGCGGUGAACGAGGCAAUGAUGAGUCACCCAUCGAAAUGAUUAAAGUAUCUCAUUUGAAGCAGUAUUUGGCAGUUGUAUUCAAAGAUAAACCCCUCGAAUUAUGGGAUGUUAGGACUUGUACCAUUCUUAGAGAAAUGUCCAAAAACUUCCCUGCAAUAACUGCUUUGGAGUGGUCCCCAUCUCACAACCUGAAGAGCCUGAGAAAGAAACAAUUGGCCACCCGAGAGGCCAUGGCCCGCCAGACCGUGGUCUCAGACACAGAGCUGAGCAUCGUGGAGUCCUCCGUGAUCAGCUUGUUGCAGGAGGCAGAAAGUAAAUCUGAACUCAGUCAGAACAUCUCUGCCCGGGAGCAUUUUGUGUUUACCGAUAAUGAUGGCCAAGUUUAUCAUCUCACAGUGGAAGGAAACUCAGUGAAAGAUAGUGCUCGGAUUCCACCAGAUGGAAGUAUGGGUAGUAUUACCUGCAUCGCUUGGAAAGGUGACACAUUAGUUCUUGGAGAUAUGGAUGGAAAUUUAAAUUUUUGGGAUUUGAAAGGCAGAGUAUCCAGAGGAAUACCUACACACAGAAGCUGGGUGAGGAAGAUUCGUUUUGCUCCUGGUAAAGGAAACCAGAAAUUAAUAGCAAUGUACAAUGAUGGUGCUGAAGUGUGGGAUACUAAAGAGGUUCAGAUGGUGAGCAGUUUAAGAAGUGGAAGAAAUGUGACCUUUCGGAUAUUGGAUGUGGACUGGUGUACAUCAGAUAAAGUGAUCUUGGCAUCAGAUGAUGGGUGUAUCAGAGUCCUGGAGAUGUCUAUGAAGUCCACUUGUUUUAGAAUGGAUGAACAAGAGUUAACCGAGCCUGUGUGGUGCCCCUAUCUCCUUGUUCCAAGGGCCUCCCUUGCCUUGAAAGCUUUCUUAUUACACCAGCCAUGGAAUGGACAGUAUUCUUUGGACAUUUCUCAGGUUGAUUAUCCAGAAAAUGAAGAAAUAAAGAAUCUCCUUCAAGAGCAGCUGAAUUCAUUGUCAAAUGACAUCAAGAAACUCUUGCUCGACCCAGAAUUCACUCUCCUGCAGAGAUGCCUGCUUGUUUCAAGGCUUUAUGGCGAUGAGUCGGAGCUGCACUUCUGGACCGUUGCUGCCCACUACCUGCACAGCUUGUCCCAGGAAAAGCCAGCAGGCACCCCAGCCUCUAAAGAAACCAUGCCUCGGGACAAAGUGAACAACCCGCUGGAUAUAUGUUAUGAUAUACUCUGUGAAAAUGCCUAUUUUCAGAAAUUUCAGCUGGAAAGGGUUAAUCUACAGGAAGUAAAGCGGUCAACUUAUGAUCAUACGAGGAAAUGUACAGACCAGCUACUUCUCUUGGGUCAAACAGACAGAGCUGUGCAGUUGCUAUUGGAAACAAGUGCGGAUAACCAGCAUUAUUACUGUGACUCCCUGAAAGCCUGUUUGGUCACAACUGUCACCUCCUCAGGCCCCUCCCAGAGCACCAUUAAGCUGGUGGCAACUAACAUGAUCGCCAAUGGCAAACUGGCAGAGGGGGUGCAGCUGCUCUGCCUGAUAGACAAAGCUGCAGAUGCCUGCCGCUACCUGCAGACAUACGGCGAGUGGAACCGGGCGGCGUGGCUGGCAAAAGUCCGUUUAAGUUCUGAAGAGUGCGCCGAUGUUUUAAAGCGGUGGGUUGACCACCUCUGCUCUCCACAAGUCAACCAGAAGUCAAAGGCCCUCCUGGUCCUCCUCUCCCUGGGCUGCUUUUUCAGCGUGGCUGAGACACUUCACAGCAUGAGAUACUUCGAUAGAGCUGCCUUGUUUGUGGAAGCCUGUCUCAAGUAUGGUGCAGUCGGAGUCACUGAGGACACAGAGAAACUCAUCUCUGCUAUAUAUGCAGAUUAUGCCCGAAGUUUGAAGAACCUCGGUUUUAAACAGGGAGCCGUUCUUUUUGCUUCAAAAGCUGGAGCGGCUGGCAGAGAUUUAUUGAAUGAGCUGGACUCUCUCAAGCAAGAACGGACCGAAGAGUGACAGGCCAGUAUGUGCUGGGGAGCCUGGCUUCGCAAGCAGGACAGGGGGCUGGUCUGGCAGUGCUCAUGCUCACGCUCAUGGCCACGGUCCGGACUGCUGAGGAUGCCGUCCUCCCAGGGUCCCCAGGAGCUGCUCACCACUUCUCUGAGGCUGCAGGUGCACAGUAGCCAGUGAGCAUUUACAUGGUCAGGAGCAAGUUCCUCCUCCUGUGUUUAUCUCAGAGAAAAACCUCGAAUGCUUCAGACUUGGAAAGGGUGUAACAUUUUAUACUUUCAGAGACAGCUUUAAGAGUCCCUGGAAAUACUUUUAAUUUUUUUAAAACUUAAAAUUCAAGUGACUGAAUUGUUUUUCUCAUUGACUGAAUGGAAAGAUAUUUGAAAAAUCUAAUAGUAAGACAAGUUUGUGAGACUUAUUCUCAAAUAUGUGCUGUGCUUAUGUUUAUAUACAAUCAUUCAAGAGACAGAGCAGAGACGUUGAAACAGUGAAGACGACUUACCAAAGCAUUCCUUGUUUCUUACCUUGAGAACAUGGAACUCGUGAUUCUCUGUUUUAGGCAGUUGCUACAUUUUGUAAUUUCAGGCUCAUAGGCUCAUAGGGAAAUUUUAAGCUUUAUGUUUUGUUCUAGUAUGUGGGGUCUUGGGUAUUUUGAAUUUUAACUCCUCUGAUGUAUUAUAUAACCUCCUUUUUGAACUCUCUGUGCUUUAAUUUUCUGUCUUUGUGUUUGUCCAACAACUGAAAUAUAUCAGAUGUGACUUAUAAAUUAUUGCUGUCUGUAACUUACCAAAAUGAUAAAUAAAAAGGAAAUUCUAGCCAGGUGUUUGUGU